AUGCAUGAUAACAUAGAUAUUAUCAUGUCGAUCUCAGGUAGCAGAUCCCCCAUCAAAACACACUGUUUGAGUUAUAGUGAAGAUCUAUUGUUCUUUUCUUCAAGUGCUUAUUGGUUUCUUGUUCUUCAUGUCUUUCUUCAAAAUUGAUUAGCUGAAGUCCACCCACAAGAAUCUUCUAAUCUCGUCCUUCCUAUUUAUGAAGUCCACCCACAAAACACACGCUGAGUCGACGAUCGAAAACGGAGAUGACGUAAAAUUCUCUGCAAGCGUUUGCGUGGCGGAAUGGCAGGGGAUUACCUGCACUGCACUGUGAGCUGUGACACUACGGAGAUCAAUAUCUAAUUUUCUUAUUUACAUAUAAUUUUAGUCUGCCGCCACUACACACCACGCGUGCAAUGCGCGUGUGAGCUCGAGAGUGAUCAUAAUAAACUAUGUUUCCCACGACUACAUUAUUGGUGACGAUGAUGAAGAAGCAAAAGGGGUCAUCAUAAUAAUCUCAUCUCCUCUUUCCACUGCUUGUUUUCUUGUUUCCUCCCUCCUCUCCUCUGCUUCUUUCGUUUCGUUCAUCCAAUGUGAGGAGGAAAAAAGAGGGUGAAAUGCCCUGAAAUUUAGGGCUCGAUGACGAGGUCGCCCCGUCGCGAUCGUCGGAUGCUGCCGCCGCUGCCUCUCGCCCGGAUUCGCUUGGUUUGCCUCGUGAUCGAGCUAGGAUUCGUGGUUGGAUUACUAGCUUCUGUUUAGUUGUUUGUUUCUCAUUGCCGUCGUCUGCUGCUGUCGUAGAGAUCGGAGAGGUUUGAACGGGAAUCUGGUGCUGGAGUCUGCCGCCUCCUUCGUAGAUACUUGCAUUUUCGCAGCGGAUCUGGUCGGUGAAUCCUUUGUUGGUUGGGUGCUGGGUUGUGUGGGUUGACGGGCGUGGGGAAGAAGGAUGGAGCAGCGGAGCAAGGUGGGGAAUUUCGUGAUACCGGACACGGCGUUGGAGCGGGUGAUGGGGUACAUAGAGGACCCUCGCGACCGGGAGGCCAUCUCGCUGGUGUGCCGAAGGUGGUACCACGUCGACGCCCUCUCGCGGAAGCACGUCACCAUCACCAUCUGCUACUCCACAAGCCCCGACCGGGUCCGCCGCAGGUUUCCCAACCUGGAGUCCCUCAAGCUCAACGGCAAGCCCCGUGCCUCCAUGUUCAACCUCAUCCCCGAGGACUGGGGUGGCUACGCCGGCCCCUGGGUCCACGGAAUCGCUGAGGCCCUCAGUUGCCUCAAGACCAUCUACUUCCGCCGCAUGAUUGUUAGGGACGACGACAUUGGCGUGCUCGUUAGGGCCAGGGGCGACAAGCUCAAGUCGCUUAAGCUCGACAAGUGCUCCGAGUUCUCCAUGGAUAGCCUCAACUGGUCGCCCGUUCUUGCAAGUGACUUCUUCAAACGAAUCUCUCGCCCAUGGUUGCAGGCUUGCGGCCAAAGCAUCACCAUCGGUUGAACAACAGCAACAGUGUCAUCUACAGCACGUACAUGACUUUGCGAUCUAAUAUGCUGAGCUUUGAAGAGUAGACUUUGUGCUGUAAUGUUGGAUUUCUGGUCAGAGGGGAUGGACUUGGUAAAACACUUAAUCCUGUGGGCCAGCCAUCCCUUGUCUACAUGCUUCUUCUGCUUGUUAAAUUGGUUAUCUUAGAUUCUUCAGAUCAACUCCAUCUCCAUAAAGAAGGGGAAUUUAUCCAAUGGAGGAUA